AUGAGUCACGUGAGUGAAAUGGUUUUAAAGUGUUAUGCCAAAUUGCACGGUUUUGAAAAGGAAGGAGUUGACUGUAUUGAAGCACUUGACUGGUUAACUAGCUCUAACCUCUAUGCUGCAAUAAUCAGUUCCUUCUCUGAACUGCAGGAUGUUCUCAGCAGACCAGACUCAAACUCCUGGGUUUCUGGACACUCACUCAUCAGUCCAGCCAGGAACUCCUUUGCAAAACUGAUGGACAACCUGAGCAUGUUGAUGGAGACAGUUCAAGGGAAACCUUGUGAGUGCAGAGCUUACCUGGAGAAGGACUCCCUGAUACAGAGGCUGGCUAGUGGACUCCACAGAGCAAAUGCCCAGGCUCUGGAAGCUGGAUUGUAUGACAGACUGCCCAGCACAAGAAUCACAGCAAUCUUGCAGCAAGAAAUAUCUGAAUUUUCACGGAGGCUUCAUAGAGCAGAGGAAGAGUCCUGCUCACUGCACUUGCAGCUUGAAGAAUUCAAAUUGACAUCCAACGAGAUGCAAAAAGAUGCUGAAAAAGCCCACAGACUGCAAGAGCAAUUAAAUGAGCUUCAGCAUAGCCUCUCUGAUGCAACUGUGGAGCUGAGGAGAAGAGACCAAGCUCUAAAUGACCAGAAGAAACUCCUGAAAGACAUGGAGCAGGACCGGCAGCAGCUGUGGGAGGCUCUCCAGGAGGCAGAAGGUGCCCUCCAACAGGCAGCAAAAGACAAUGAGUUGAUCAUUAAUCGUAUGAAAGCUGUGAAUGCCACCCUGAAUGCGGUAAGAAUUUGA